AUGUUGCGCCGUUCUUUCUUGCUUGGGCGUGGAGUGGCUCUGAGGUCAACCGCAAGGUUGUUUGGUGGUGGUGGUGGUGGCAUCCGCCUGCCGGACGAUGAUGGCAUCAGUGCAGAGUUGCGGGGCUUUGGCGAGUAUGGCGGGUCUAUUUCCGCGUUUGUUAAAGCAGGGGGUGAGGACCAAGGGAAACGUGUGGGCGGCUCCAAAGUGUUUCCUUGUGGUGAGGCAGAUCCCACUAUCCAGGCUGUGAAAGCGCAGCACAUGGCCGAGAUUGCCAAAACCGGGAAACUUCCGUCGCCACGGAAUGUUGUAUCGACAUCGGGAUCAUCGGCAACGCCGAAAGGUGGACAUGACGGCGUUGGCCAUGCGACUGCAGGGAUGGCCUCUUCAUCGUCACUCCCCCGUAGGGUCGCUUCGUUGCCACGGGAGGCGGCCGCGAACUACCCGGCAACCCUUGCUCGGAAUGAGACGACGAAUUCUGCACGCGAUCUUGGAGGUCCCGAGGGGCAAUCGCGUGCGAAGGAGGCCGAAGACUACUAUCGUGCCGUCCCCCGAAAUGCCCUUUCAAAGGAGGAGAUGUGGAGGCGCAUCACCACAGCCACAUCAGACAAAGCGGAGCGGGCUUCUUCGACCCUCCACGCAUCUGAGGAAGAUUAUUUGAAGAUGGAAGAAGAGCUGCAGGAGCACGACCUCUACCAUUUUCGUAUUGGCGAGUUGGCUUUCCCAGAGCAGAGAUUACGGCGCAAUUACUACGCUAUGUGGCUUCUGGCGAUGUACUUAAACAAGGCUCGUUGGACAAUGCUCGACGUACAUUCUCAGCGAGGUGUGAAAACGACGGGCGCCGGGAUGAAACUUUUGUUUUGGAAGGAGUCGGUUAGUCAAAUCAUGGAAAAGCGGAGUAUGCCUGCUGGUCAGUUCACUGACUCCCAUCCCGUGCUGCGCCCGUUCGCAGCUGUUGUGGAGCAAAACCCGCACAUGACAAAGGCAUUUGUACGCGGUUUCAGUGAAGCAAGGUUGCGCGUCAUCCAGCAGCCAGGAAAUGUCAAACAACUUUUUGACCACUUUGAUCGUUAUUAUGGCUAUUUCUUUAACUCGCUUCUGGAAGUUGCGCAAGUAAAGGACGAAAACGCAGGGCACUUAAUGCAGCAUAUUGGACGGGCCAUUGGUCUUACACAACACUGUGUGAUGUUCUGGAAGAAGUAUGCGCGUAUUGGUUUCACUAUGCUCCCUGCUGAUCUUUGUGCGGACAAUCAUGUGAACCUCGCUCUUCUGCGAAACAUAUCGCUGGCGGCAAGGGAUCGUGCUGUCCGGAGACUUCUGUACGAUGUUAUGUGCAUUGUUAAGACGGAGAUGCUGCAUGCUCAGCAACUAGCGCCACACUGCAGUCCCGCGGCGUGGCCCAUCGUUAUGGAGUGCACGUACGCUAACUAUUAUUUGGGCUUCUUGCAGCGCCGUGAUUUCAAUGUUAGCGCUAUGUUUGCCGACAAUAACGUCGAAAACGCGGGGUUUGCAUGGUACCGAGUUAAAAAGCGCUGGGAGUGGGAAAAGCAUCAAAGCAUCGAACGCCUUGUGGCUGAAAGCGCGCCGCUGCCUUUCAUAGGAACGUCGUGGGGCCAUCGCGGUUCUGACUACAAGAUAGCUUCUGGAUUCGGGCGGAAGUGA